AUGCAGGCGCCGGUCGUGGUGAUGAACACCGGUAAUGGGGAGAGGCAAGUCGGUCGAAAGGCGCAGAUCUCAAAUAUUACCGCCGCCAAAACAGUGGCAGACAUUAUCAGAUCAUGUCUCGGUCCAAAAGCCAUGUUGAAGAUGCUUUUAGAUCCAAUGGGAGGCAUCGUACUGACCAAUGAUGGUCAUGCCAUUCUACGAGAGAUCGAAGUCGCACACCCCGCAGCCAAAAGCAUGAUUGAAUUGAGCAGGACGCAAGAUGAAGAGGUGGGAGACGGAACAACCACUGUCAUAAUAUUAGCUGGUGAAAUGCUGGCGCAAGCUCUUCCGCAACUUGAGAGAAACAUUCAUCCAGUGGUAAUUAUACAAGCAUUCAAAAAAGCCCUUGCAGAUGCUCUCGCAAUUGUUGAAGAAGUCUCAAUACCGGUCGAUACCUCGAGUGAUAAGCAAAUGUACCAGAUCAUCGAAUCCUCCAUCGGGACUAAGACGAGUUCGAGAUUCUCUGAUCUCAUGUGUUCGCUGGCUUUGAAAGCUGUCCGAGUGGUGUCACAAGAUCAAACAUUCUUUUCCAACGCUCCCCAGACAAACGGUGCCACGAAGGCUGCAUCACCACUAAAACCACAAGAAAUAGAUAUCAAGCGAUACGCUCGAGUCGAAAAGGUGCCGGGCGGCGAGAUUGAAGAUUCAAGAGUUUUGGACGGGGUGAUGCUGAAUAAGGAUAUCACACACGCAUCAAUGCGCAGACGUAUAGAAAACCCUCGCAUUGUACUUCUGGACUGCCCGCUUGAAUACAAGAAGGGAGAGUCCCAGACCAACGUCGAAAUCACAGACGAAGACUCCUGGAACCGCAUUCUCCAGAUCGAAGAAGAGCAGGUCAAGAAGAUGUGCGACGCCAUCUUGGCUGUGAAACCCGACUUAGUUAUUACUGAGAAAGGUGUUUCCGAUCUCGCUCAACACUAUUUCGUCAAAGCCGGCAUUACUGCUCUUCGACGAGUACGCAAAACUGACAAUAACCGCAUCGCUCGCGCAACAGGCGCAACCAUUGUCAACCGAGUCGACGACCUCGUCGAGACCGACGUCGGCACCGGCGCUGGCCUCUUCGAAAUCGAAAAGAUUGGCGACGAAUACUUCACCUUCAUCACGAAAUGCAAGAACCCCAAAGCCUGCACAAUCCUUCUACGCGGGCCUUCCAAAGAUAUCCUCAACGAAAUUGAACGCAACCUACAGGACGCCAUGUCCGUCGCUCGCAAUGUCAUGUUCCACCCACGCCUGUCCCCCGGUGGUGGCGCCACCGAAAUGGCCGUCUCCGUGCGCCUAGCACAGAAAUCCAAAUCCAUCGAGGGCGUCAUGCAGUGGCCAUACCGCGCCGUCGCGGACGCCAUGGAAGUCAUCCCCCGCACACUGAUCCAGAACGCCGGUGCCAGCCCCAUCCGCAUACUAACACAGCUCCGUGCGAAACAGGCUGAGGGAAAGUCGACUUUUGGCGUCGACGGUGAUACUGGCAAUGUCGUCGACAUGAAAGAGUAUAGAGUCUGGGAACCGCAGGCGGUGAAGAUGCAGAGCAUCAAGACCGCCGUUGAGAGUGCUUGUCUGCUAUUGAGGGUGGACGACAUCUGUGGUGCCAAGAGCGCGAAACAGGUCGGUGGUAGCGGGUUAUCUGGUGGCGGUGGAGAGGAGUAA